AGCUAGUUCAGACAUGGCGGAUUCCGCGCGGAUGCAAAUCGCGCGGUUCUAAACGCAAGUGUUCAGACAGGCGCGGAUGUACAUGCGGAGUGCCGUUAUUCGCAUAGGGUGACAGUCCAAUCAUGGAAGUCGAAGAAGCAAUAUGUGUGUACUUGUUGCUCCGUAAAAAAGAAAGAAAGAAGAAACGGCAGUAUUGGGUGCAUCCAAUAUUACGCGAUCGGUUUACUCAUGGUCAGUUUCAGACUUUAUAUCCAAAAUUAAGAAGUUUUGAACCAAAAUUCUUCAAUUAUUUGAGAAUGUCGAUAAAUUCAUUUGAUGAAUUAUUAGAAAUGAUGAGUAAACAAAUUGAAUCUAAUGAUACCCAUAUGAGGUCAAGCGUGUCCCCAGAAGAAAAACUCGUGAUCACAUUAAGAUAUCUGGGUACUGGUUGUUCCUUUGGAGAACUACAUUACAACUUUCGUCUUGGCAAAUCUACAAUCACAGGAAUUGUCCGUGAAGUAUGUGAAACUCUGUGGGAAAAAGUCACAAAAAACGUCAUGCCUGAACCCAGCGAAGAUAUAUGGAAGAAAAUAGCUAAAGAUUUUGAAAAAUAUGCAAAUUUUCCCAAUUGCAUAGGCGCCAUAGAUGGCAAGCAUAUAAGGAUUACAAAACCCAAAGAUUCGGGUUCUUUGUAUUAUAAUUACAAAACUUUUUUUUCCAUAGUACUGUUGGCACUUUGUGAUAGUAACUAUUGUUUUACUUUCAUAGAUAUCGGAUCUUACGGAAAAAGUAGUGAUUCUGCAAUUUUUAAAAAUUCAGCAUUUUAUAAAAGGUUAAUAGAAAAGUCAUUACACAUACCAAAACCUAAACCAAUAUCUGAAACAGAUCCUAAACCAUUGCCAUACGUCAUAGUUGGCGAUGAAGCGUUUGGUUUAUCCGAAAAUGUAAUGCGACCCUAUGCAGGUAAAGGGCUAUCAUAUGAAAAAAAAAUAUUUAAUUACAGGUUAUCAAGAGCUCGACGUUUUAUUGAAUGCACUUUCGGAAUUCUGGCAAACAAGUGGCGCAUUUUUCAUAGGCCUAUAAACGUGAAUAUAGACUUUGCCGAAGACAUAAUAAAGGCCUGUUGCGUGCUACACAAUUUUGUUAGAACUAGAGAUGGUAUACAGUAUGAAGAUACUUUACAUACUGCGCCAAUGAGUAAUCUUAUUACAUUACAUGCAGGAAGGGGUACACCAUCAUCAUUAAACAUUAGAGACAAAUAUGCUAAUUACUUUGUGAAUGAGGGUCGUGUAGAAUGGCAAGACACGAAAAUAUGAAAUUAAAAUUGUUACAGUUCGCGCCAAAUAACUAAACUCAAGAUGGCGCGUCGCGUUGGUGGGUUGUACAUAUUACAGUUAAUAGCUAUACGUUACUGUGGUAACGUGAUAGUUUUCCCGCGCUCGUUACGUACCGCCAAACAACGUUAUACACAUUUCAGUUAUUUGGGGUGGACUGUCUAUUACAAAACAUGUAAACUACCCUGGUAAAAUGUAUAAUUAAAUGUCUACUGACCAAAAAGAACCUUCUUUUCCAAAGAAUCCUCAUUUUCUCCAAAAAUCUCCACCAGCUCCUGCCAAGCUCCGUUUUUAAUCGUUUUGUUAGAAUAUUCUGCACAUUGGAUGUUCCACAAAGCAGGUCUUUUUUCCACCUCAUCGAUGAAUAGCUCGGUGUCGAAGCGAUCCAUUGUCACCGUCCGAUACGCGCGGCUUCCGCGGAGCAACUGAACGCCCUCUAGGUACGUCAAGUAAAUAAAACCGAGCGGCGACCGCGCGAAUUCAUUUUCUCGGUUGAGCCGCGCGGAUUGUCAAUCCGUGCGGACAGGUAUGAACGAUUUGUAAGGCGCUAAUGUAAUUAGGAUCCGCGCGGUUCAACCGCGCGAUUUGCAUCCGCGCGGAAUCCGCCAUGUCUGAACUAGCUCUAAGAUUCCGUACGCGGAAAAUAAAUCUGUACAAAAUAUUCGCGCGAAUUUGACACCGCAAUUUGUAUCAAUUCACUUUUUCCGCGCGAAUUUUGAAUCGCAGUGCGGGCAUCUCUAUAUUAUGAUUGUAAGUGUUACGAAGCGUCAAUGGCGAAAACAAAUCGUGCGAUUUUCAUUCGCUGUGCGGGCUAGCUCUAACAAUAUCGAGAAUUUAUGGCAAACGCAAUCUCUAGCGAAAAGCGAAUUUUACCAGUACAGUACGAUAAUAGUAGUAAGCGCAUGCGUACGAGGUUUUAUUUACCUAUUUAAGUUUGUGUGGAUGUGUGCAACACGGAAACUUGGCGUUUGCGUCGCCAUGCCUGGUUCUUACCGCGAGUUAACAAUGAAGCCGUGAUGGUCCUUGAAGUGAAAACGCGAUUUGUUUACCUUUUAAGUCGGCCAAGGCAAAAUAGAUUAUAAUAUAUUAUUAUGUAUAUUGUUUUAGAUAUCAGUCAUACCAAAUAUAUAGCAACCCUAAUACAUGUAAUGGUUUUAAUGUAAAAUGCAUUAUCUGGAGGCUAUAAUUUACUUAAAAAUUCACAUAAAAUUAUACACGAAUACAAUGUGACGUCCCCUGUGUCUCAUGAAUCAUGAAUUUUAAUUUUAUUCAAUUGAAAAUCAAUUAAUAAUGGCAAUAUUAAUUUUGUUACUUUUUAUAAUAUUCAUUUAUUCGUUAAGGUCUAGCAAACACUAGCAGUAAUUGUAAUUAUUGUGGAUGAAUUGCAUAUUGUGUAUGGAUCGACAUCAAGUUUAAUAGUCUUCGGUCGAAAUACAAUAUUAUGUUAAUUGAA